AUGGAUGAUUUUUUAAUUAAUCGUCUUUGGCCUUCGAAUGAUUUUGGUUACUGCUACUCUCCUUUCAUUGGAGCUUCGGGUGGAUUAUGUUGUAUCUGGAACUUGAGUGUUUUGUCGCCUACUCGAAUAGUCACUUAUUCUCGAUGGAUUAGCUUAGAAUUUGAGCUGUCUUCAAUCCAAUACAAGUUUAUAUUAGUCUAUGGCUGGUCCGCAGCAGCAGAUAGGGUCUCUCUAUGGGCAGAAUUAUCUACUGAACUUCAGACGGACAGAACUUGCUUCCUAAUGGGAGAUUUCAAUGAGAUCCUUCAUCCGGAAGAGAGAUUUAAUUUCACAGGUUACACUCCAUGGAUGCGUGAUUUUAUGCAAUUUGUUCAGACUUAUAAUUUGACAGAGGCUCAGUUAAGUGGAAGAUACUUUACUUGGCAAAACAGCAAUUCUCGCUCGAAGAUCGACAGGUGCUUUUUGUCACCAACAAUUUUUUCAAUUUGGCCUCAUUUCGAAUUGAAAGCUCUCCCUAGGAGCUUUUCAGACCAUGUUCCUUUACUGUUCAGCUCGGUUUCUUCUAUUGAUUGGGGCCCAAAACCAUUCAAGUCGAUCAAUGCGUGGUGGAAUGAUGCUUCGUUCUACAACUUGAUUCUGGAAUCUUGGAAAGCCAUAUCUAUUAAUAAGCCGGGGGCUGAUUUAGUAGUCAAAUUGAGAGAGCUUCGAAUCAUAAUCAAAGACUGGAAUAAGAACGUUUUUGGUAAUUUGAAUACAAAAUUUGAUAAAGUUCAGCAGGAUAUUCACGCACUUGAGGCGAACAUGGAUGAGGGUCCAAUUUCAGAACUAGAUUCAGCAAGAUGGGCAGAUUUACAUUCUGAAUUUUAUGAUGUCUCAAAAAAUUUAGAAUCUUUAUGGCACCAAAAGUCAAGGCUGAAUUGGAAUUUACACGGCGACAAAAACACGAAAUUCUUUCACACUAUUGCUGCGAUUCAUUCUCGUAGUAAUUUGAUUACUGAAAUUGUUGUCGACAACAAGACUUUUUCUUUUCCUGAGGAUAUUCGGUUCAAUAUCCAGACAUACUACAAGCACUUGUUUAGACAACAUCUCUUGAUUAAUUUCUCUAUGGUCGAACAACCUAUCAAAGCCCUCAGUCACAUACAAGCUGCCGAGUUGGUGAAGGAUUUUUCGGAAAGUGAAAUUUUUGCGGCUCUUUCAGAUUGUGAUGAUAACAAAGCUCCCGGUCCGGAUGGAUUCAAUUUCUUCUUUUAUAAACGAGCGUGGCCUAUCUUAAAACAAGACUUUCUUGACUUGUUCGAUAAAUUUUAUAAAACAGGAUUCUUUCCGCACGGGUUAAACACGGCUUUUCUUGUUCUCAUUCCAAAGAUGAAAGGUGCUUCGGAUAUAAAAGAUUUUCGACCUAUUAGUUUGAUCAAUGGAGUUUUCAAGCUUCUCUCCAAAGUUUUAGCUAACAGGUUAUCUCCUAUUCUUCCUUCACUUAUUUCAGAAAACCAAUUUGGUUUUAUUAAAGGAAGAAACAUCCAUGACUGCCACAUGAUCGCUUCAGAAUUGAUUCACUUAGUCAACAAAAGGAAAGAUCAAGUUUUUCUGAUUAAACUUGAUUUUAAAAAGGCUUUCGACUCGAUUUCCUGGAAUUUCAUCCUUCAGAUGUUAUCUACGAUGAACUUUGAUCCGAUUUGGAUAAAGUGGAUUACUUCUUUUUUUGGCUCUGCUCAAUUAUCGGUUUUAAUUAAUGGAAGUCCCUCCAAGAAUUUUAAUAUGGGUAGAGGAGUCAGACAGGGUGACCCAAUAUCUCCGAUGCUUUUUGUUUUGGCAGUUGAAGGGCUAAAAGCUAUUUUCUCUAACGCUAAUCAUUUGGGUUUGAUUGAUGGAAUUCACGUUGGAAAUUAUGCUGAACCAAUUUCCAUCUUGCAGUUUGCGGACGACACCUUACUGUUCAUUCCGAAUAACUUGGAGAUGGUCAGAAAUCUUUUGCGGAUACUUCGUUGUUUUGAACUUAUUUCGGGUUUACAAAUCAACUUUCAAAAAUCGGCAAUUGUGGGAUUGAACGUUGAUGAUGCUUCUUUGAAUGCAGCCGCUGAAAUUCUCCAAUGUAAGAUAGAUUUUCUUCCGUUCACGUACUUAGGCUUGCCGCUGGGUUCUAAGUCGGUGAAGGCUGGUUUGUGGGAACCGAUUGUAAAUAAUUUUACUUCUCAGCUGGCUACCUGGAAAGGCAAAUUACUCUCACCUGCGGGAAGACUAGUUUUGAUAAAAUCAGUCCUUAGUAGCUUACCGGUUUACUAUCUAUGUUCCUUCUCAAUACCUCAGUCUGUGAUUAAUACUCUAGAGCGUUACAUGCGGAGAUUCUUGUGGAGUGGAUCGGGCGACAAUAUGGGAUUCAGUAAAGUAUCCUGGAAUGACGUUUGUUUGCCGAUUGAUAGAGGAGGUUUGAACAUAACUCCCAUGCGUCUUAAAAAUCAAUCAUUGCUUCUCAAGUGGAUUUGGAAACUGAGAACGUCUAGUAAAUUAACCCUUUGGUUUGAAGUAAUCUCAUGUAGCUCAGAUAUAACAGAUUGGAGGGAUUUGGAAACUAUAAAUAUUGGGAAAUUAUCUCAUUUGUGGCGUGGAAUAUACAAUGCUUGUGUCAAAAAUUCUCACAUUUGGAAUUCUUUCAAAGGGGAAUUGACAGCUAUAUUGGGUAAUGGAGCAAACAUUGAUUUUUGGCAAGAUAAAUGGGCUGGAAACUUGACUCUUUCAUGCACUUUUCCGAGACUUUUCAGUUUAGCAAUGGACAAGCAGGUUUCAGUUUUGGAGACUUUCAAUGUGGAUCAUAAUUCUUUUGGCAUUCGAUGGAAAAGAAGGCUUCGCGUAGGAGACCAGCAACUCCUUCAACAGCUCCAGGAUCAAAUCGUCACUUUUGUCCCAGAUGUUGAAAGUCGUGACCAUUUUUGUUGGAAUAAGAAGGAAAACUAUACUCCGGCAGCAUUCAGGCAGCUUCUGCAACACUCCAGCAGCUCCGUUCAGUUCAACAUCAGCUUAUCUUCUGCUGCAAACCGUCGUGUUACCCAUCAGCUUCCAAGGCAUCUGAAUUGCUCUUAUUUCUGGGAUUUCAGAAUUCCUCCAAAGAUUAACUUCUUCCUUUGGCUUUUGAUGCGGGACAGGAUAUCAUCUAAAGCAGCUCUUGCUCAUAGAGGUAUUUUACAUACAGAAAAUAUCAAUUGUUCUUAUUGUUCUUUGGAUGAAACAAGCUUGCACAUUGUCAUGCAUUGCCGUUAUGCAUGGUUGACGUGGAAUAAACUUCUUCACAUGUGUGACGUGCAUACAGCCUUACCUUUCAAUUUGCUGGAAUUCUUUAGUUUCUGGACUUCUCUUUCUGUCAAAAGAUAUCGGGUUCUAUGGCAAACAAUUUGGUUCUUUUGCAUUUGGGAACUUUGGAAAGCAAGAAAUAAAAGGGUGUUUCAGAAUUUGUUUGUUGAAGUAGAUCAAGUUAUCUUCAUGGCGGUUUGCAAAGCGGUGGAGUUUUACAAGGAUAACAACCGGAAUUUUCCUUAUUCAGGAAACGAUGUCCUUAGAAAUUUAAUUUUCUUUUGUAAUUGUUAUUAA